UGUGGUGUCGUACAUUCAUCACGUCACGUACGCAUUUAAUACUGUGUGCGUCGACUACGCGAGAACUUACAUUAGUGUGUGUAAAUUGUUACGAGACGUCUUAUAUGUCCGUUGUGUUCGUAUGUACUCUCUUGAAUUAAUAUUAUUUUCAAUAUAAAUUCACAUAUUAAAUCAGUGAUAUUGCUCGAGAUAUUCAACUGUGACUUAUAUUAGUAAUCACACAAAUACUUGUUAAUGAAACAAUUGUAUCAGCGUAUUGACUCUAGUUGUUUUGAUCAGUGCUAUAAAAAGUGUUUGUGCAUUUGUUUAUUUAUAGACAGUCGCAAUUUGCAGUCAUGUAAUUAUUCUGUUCCUUUGGCCGUACAAUGUCUCAGAAGGAUACAGCGAUACAUCUAGUAGCCGGCGGGGUUGCAGGGACAGCUGGAGCUGUUGUGACAUGUCCAUUGGAAGUUGUGAAGACUAGGCUACAGUCCUCGAAGGGUGUAGGAGUGCCACCAUCACAACCUCCACCCUCUGACAGUGCUGCACAUACUAGGAAAAUCUGUUCAAAGAUACCAAAACACCAGGAGGCCAAAUGGGGCUACAGACGCACAAUGGGUGCAAUGUUCGCGUACAGCAAGCAAGCAGAUCGUAUGCUGAUGUCGUACAAUUGUCAGGUACAGCAGUACACGAGAGCUAGCCACGCCAGGACCACGAGAGGGAUGAGUCUGAUUCAGUGCAUAAGACAUAUUGUCCAAACCGAGGGAACUAAGGCCUUAUUCAAAGGUUUAGGGCCGAAUAUAGUGGGAGUUGCUCCUUCGAGGGCUAUUUAUUUCUGCACAUAUUCACAAGCUAAGGCCAUUUUAAAUCAGAAUAUACCGCCUGAUACACCUGUGGUGCAUCUAUCCGCGGCCAGUGCUGCAGGGUUUGUAUCCUGUACUAUGACUAAUCCUAUAUGGUUUGUCAAGACUCGGCUGCAGUUGGAUGGGCAAAACAUGACGGCUUUGCAAUGUAUCAAAAAAAUAUACUCCAAAACGGGUAUAAAAGGCUUCUACAAAGGUAUCACAGCUUCAUAUAUGGGAAUUAGUGAGACUGUAGUACACUUCGUGCUAUACGAGGGUGUUAAGGCGAGACUGAUGGCAGCGAGGAGUGUAGACGGCGUCCCAAGCGACCAGCGCUCCCCAAGAGACUUUCUUGAGUUCAUGGGAGCUGGUGCCUUCUCAAAGACAGUGGCGUCAUGUAUUGCAUAUCCACAUGAAGUAGCAAGAACACGACUGAGGGAAGAAGGUGAUAAGUAUCGAAAAUUCUGGGAGACAUUACACACAGUUUGGAAGGAAGAAGGAUACAGGGGUGUAUAUAGGGGCUUAGGCACUCAACUGGUUCGCCAAAUACCAAAUACAGCGAUCAUGAUGUCGACAUAUGAAGCUGUUGUGUAUCUCCUAACGACACAUUUCAAUAGUUCCUUCUAUGAGAACACCUAGCAAUCGACUGCAGCCGCGUAGGUCCCGGAGCGACAUAAUGCCUGAACCCAGAAUCGUAGUCUAGAGGUUUGCAAUCGACGAGAUUCGAGAGCCGAUUUUGUAUGAGUACGGUAACAGUGACGUCUCAAUUAAUUAUUAUAUCGUUGUUUAUUUAGAUGAUGCCAGUUUUGGAGCCAAAAUCUUGACGCCAGUGUACGUAGGCACAUAACAAAAGUUCUAAGCGCAUUCUAUGUCACU